AUGAGCUGUAGGAACGUACUAGUUGAGUAUGAAGAUAAUAAAAUUGAAAUGGUCUUAUUUGUACCUAUCAAUCCUGAUAAGAGAGAUUUGAAAACUCAGGCUGUAUUUGAGAAAGAUAGUUUUUACUCUGUUGGUAGUAAGAUUGUUCCUAGUUAUUACAGAGAAAAGAAAAGGCUGAAGAUGACUGUUUCUAUUUCGACUUUUGUUAGUAUUCUGAAUAAGGUUGAGAGAUCGAAUAAAUGUCCAUUAAAGGUUUCUUUAGUAGGAAUUCCCCAAGAGUUACCCCAAGUAAUCAGUAGUGAUGAGAAUGCUAUUUUCAAUGUUUCAAUCAGUGAUUACAUUGGUCAGAGCUAUGAUUUUAUUGUUAAAAUGGAGAUUAUUGAUGAUGAUUUUUAUGUUUAUGCGAAAGAAAUUAAUAGCAUUGAUACUCAUUUUUUAUUUAAGCGAAAUGUUUUUAGUAAUAAUGAGUCAUUUAAUGUAUCUGAAAUUGCUAACACAACCAGGUUGAAACUUCUUUCUAUGCAUUGGAAUAUUAUUGAAAACUUGAAGAGAACUUCUGAUAUUGAGUCAACAUUUUCUGAUAAUCAUGUUGACAAAUUUAGGUCUAGUUCUUUUACUCCAAAUGAUCUUGUUUCCUUAAAACGUACAAGAACCGAAUGUUCUGAUGAUUCUACAGUUAAUUCUGAUGUUCUUGAUAAUAAUGAAUUUCAAUCUGAUGAAGUUGUUGAUGUUAAUCAAGUCGUUUCAAGUAAUGAGGUGUCAAAUAGAGGAAACGUCAAGAAGGUGGUACACAUAGUAAUAAAAAGGUAA